AUGUUUCCUAUCUACGGUUCAGGGGCUGUACACAUUGUCCCUUUUUCUUUAGCUAUUAGCAAAACUUCUCUUGGUGUAGCAUCAUCAAGUAUGUUAAUAUUGAAUGGCAGGGGACGUGUACAAUGGGAUGAAGCUAAUAUAGUGGAAAUUGAAUCCAACAAACCUGUUAGGCAGAAGAUUACUGAACCAAAGACACCCUAUCACCCACCGUACCCCAUGAUUGAUGAUGAUGGUGGUUCUCUGUGUUCUAGAGUAAGAUCGUUUGACAACUUUGUUGAAAUGCAUCGUGCUGAAGAACUAAAGAAUGAUCUGAACGAUUUAGCUUCUUCAAGUAAAAUUAUUAGCCACAUAUCUGAUUCUGGUGACUGGACCCCGUCAGAGGAUGAAGCAGAACCAAUAGAUCAAAAUGAAGAAGAUCCUGAGGGAGAGAAAAACACAAGUUUCAAUGAACAUAGACGGGUGCACUAUGACGAGUUUCGAAUGGUAAAGGAGAUGAGAUCCUCUGGUGGUUCUUUCUAUGGUGAAGACGCAGAAGGAGACGAUAGUGCCAAAACAGGUAAACCAGAGGCAACAAUCUCACAGAACACUCCAGGUGCUGCGGAUGCGAUAUCUUCAGGGAAGUCAUCUUCGUCUUCUACUUGA